AUGUCCGCUGACUGGACCCAGGUGAGGAAGACGGUGGAGUCAGAGUGGGAGGAGACGAUCGUGCCGGCCAUCUCGGCCUACAUCGAGGUGCCAAACCAGAGUCCGCAGUUCGACCCGGAGUGGGCCACCAACGGCCUGCAGGAGAAGGCCUUUGACAUCCUCAUCGAUUGGGUCAAGGCGCAGAACGUGCCGGGACUCACGUACGACUACAUCACCGCGGAGGGCCGCACACCGUUCCUCCUCAUUGAGAUCGCCGGCACAGAGCCAACCAAGAACACGGUGCUCAUGUACGGCCACAUGGACAAGCAGCCGCCGCUGCGCCCGUGGGCAGAGGGGCUCGACCCCCACAAGGCGGUGGUGCGCGAUGGCAAGCUGUACGGUCGCGGGGGCGCCGAUGACGGCUACGCGCUCUUUGGUGCCGUCACCGCCAUCGCGUCGCUGCAGCUCCACGGCAUCCCGCACGGCCGCGUCGUGAUCACGAUUGAGGCCGGCGAGGAGUCGGGCAGCCCAGACCUGGCCUACUACAUGGAGCACUGCAGGGAGCGCAUUGGCAACGUGGACCUCAUGGUGUGCCUGGACAGUGGCAGCAUGAACUACACGCAGGUGUGGCUCACGACGUCGUUGCGCGGCGUUGCGAUCGGCGAGCUGACGGUGCAGACGCUGACGGAGAGCAUGCACAGUGGCGUCGCCGGCGGCGUUGUGCCGGACACGUUCCGCAUCACGCGCGAGCUCCUCGACCGCAUCGAGAACUGCAAGACCGGCGAGGUGACGAUCCCGGAGGCCCACGGCGCGAUCCCGCCGUACGCAGCCAAGGCAGCGGAGGGGAUGACGGCGGUGCCGUUCAAGGAGCAGUUUGCCAUGGCGGCGGGCGUGUCGACGGUGCCUGGCGACAACGUCGAGCUGGCGAUCCAGAACUUUUGGAAGCCGAGCCUCACCGUGACGGGCGCCAACCUCCCGGACCCGCAGAUUGCCGGCAACGUCAUCCGCACCCAUACGACGGUGAAGCUUUCCAUGCGCCUGCCGCCCCUGGUGAAGGCCGAGGCCGCGCUGCAGGCGAUGAAGCGCAUCCUGGAGGCAGACCCGCCAUACGGCGCCAAGGUGACCUUCAAGGCCGUGGGUGCCGGAAACGGCUGCGCUGCGCCGGAGCUGAAGCCGUGGCUGGACAAGGCGCUGCGCGAGGGCAGCGCCGAGGCCUUCGGCAACACGUACGCGUGCCAGGGCAUGGGCGGGGCGAUCCCGUUCAUCAGCAUGCUCAUCGACAUGUAUCCGGAGGCGCAGUUCGUUGUAACGGGUCUCCUCGGCCCGCAGAGCAACGCGCACGGGCCGAAUGAGUUCCUGCACAUCCCGUACGCUAAGGGCUUGACGUACAGCAUUGCUCGUGUCGUGGCAGCGCACUUCCACAACACCCCCAAGUGA